UGCUAAUUGACACCAUCCGGACGCUAAAUCUCUGGACAACAUGACGCAGGAUCUUGGGCUUCCAAUUACUGAAGAUGGCUGUAUCAUUCGUCACCAGACUUCUAACAUUGGCAUUAGGGUACGCCUACCCGGCGUACGGCUGCUACAAGACGCUGGAACUGAACGCGCCGCAGAUGGAACGGCUGCGGUUCUGGUGCCAGUACUGGAUUCUGGUCGCGUUCCUGACUGCAUUCGAGAGCUUCGCUGACUGCGCGCUCUCGUGGCUGCCGAUGUACGGCGAGGCGAAGCUCGCGGUCGUCGUCUACCUCUGGCACCCAAAGACAAUGGGCGCAAGGCACGUCUACGACGACUACCUCCGUCCGUUCCUGGCGGCGCACGAGGCGGACAUCGACCGCGGCCUUGUGGAGCUGAGGGCCAGGGCGGCGGACGCGACGGCGUCGCACCUCCAGGCCGCCGUGGCCCUCGGGCGGGCGUGCCUGUCCGAGGUCGCCCGCCGCGUUUCGUCGCAGCUGCAGCAGGCGGCCACAAGCGCCGGACCGGCCGCGCAGGUACGGUGA